CCGACAAGUUCACUUCAAAUAAAAAUAAAUCAAUAAACUUUUAUCAGGAAAUCUACAAUAUACUAUUUUGAAAAAACAGUAAUAUAUCAAUAAUGACGGACAUAAAAUUACAAUAUAUUCCUCACAUGACUACAAAUUCAUGCUGUUGUUUUUCAUCAAAAAGAGGAUGUUUGAUUAUUGGAUAUUUUGGUGCUAUUAUGUUAGCACUAAACGCCGCUAUAUUAUUAAUAAAUGCAGUAACAGCGUAUGAUGGUUCAUCUAAGUUCAUUUUGCUUAUUUUAUCUGCAGGAAUUUCUAUGGCAGAAGUUUAUGCUCACUGUUUAUUGAUUCAAGGUGUUGAAGAGAAAGAACCAAGGAAAAUGUACUUGUGGAUUUAUAUAGAUUAUAUUUGUCUUAUUGUUGGUACAUUAUUGAUUGGAUUAUGUAUUAUUCUUUUAACUGCAGUUUUGAUAUCAAGAAACUCUGAAGAUUUUUCUGAUAGAGAAAAAGAACCCACAUCACCUUCUGUCUAUUUUUUAUGUUUAUUAGCUAUAGCAGGAGUUGUAGGUAUUAAAUAUCACUUUUUUGCGGCAGUUGUCACUCAUUGUCAAGAUCUUAUUUCGAUGAAAUCACGUGAACGAAUCUAUACUCCCUAAAUAAUUUUAAAUUCAUCAAAACGA